ACUGCCUAUGUAUUUUUUUUUUUUUGAUGAUCAAAUGAGGUGAAGUAUAUAAACUGCUUUGUAAACUUGAACGAACUAUUUAUACAGUUCAGCCAAACUCUGACACUGACGAUUUUGUGUGUGCGAUUACUUGUCUGGAAUUGCCUUAUCUUUGUUAUUGCUUGUAUAGAUACUACCCAUCCUUUAAGACCCAGUUCAAAAAGACUUCAGAGAAGCAGCAUGGUAAGUGGUGGGAGGCCUGGAUUUGGAACCAAGAAGACCCGAGGUCCUAAUUCUCCCUAAAGUACUACUGUGUGUCUCUGGGCCCAGGGUUCCUCCUCCCCCCAUCUGCAAAAUGAGGCAUUUGGAUUCUGUGGCCUCUAAGAACAUCCCCACCCCAAGCUCUAAAUCUAUCAUAACUUCAGUUCUCUGAUUCUUAGCUGUCAUCCAGGAAUUCCCUUCUUCAAUAAAAUCACAAGUCCAGCCCCUAUCUCUGCAUUAAGUGAUGACAAAUGCCUGGUUCAAGUGAUAAUGGAUUCAAUAUUUGAAGACAAGUGUAGUAUAAACUGCCAUAUAAUAUAACUUUGUAUCUUUUUGGUGUUCUGCCUGUUAUCAAUCUAACAGUGAUCUAUUUCACAGCAACAGUUACAAAGAACCUUAGCGAUCAGGGGACCCAACCCUUUCUCCCUGUUCUAACUGGACUGUAGGUUUCUUAAGAAUAGGCAAAAAACAAACCCAAAGGUCAUUUAAAAAAAAUAAGCCUCCCCAGAAACAUAACAGGUGCAUUUAAGCGGUCAAAGCUCUUCCCAGAAUUAAUGUCUAUUUUAUAUAUUAUAAAGUCUCUUUGCCAAGAGAACUGAGUCAAUGGAUUCACCACUCUGAAGUUGGGCUGGUCCUUCUCAGAGUUACUCCCGUUCACUAAACUUUCUCCUUUUAUUCGAAUCUCCAGUAGACUCCAGUGGAGUCUAUGCGGGUGCCCAGGGCGCGCACGCUUGCACAGGGUGGAUGGUUUAAACCCCUGCCCCAAGGCACCCAAUCCCCGCGCUCCUCCCAGCCGGAUUCCUGGCCCGGGUGAACGAGACGUUCCAUGCCCUCAAGCGCCAAGGUUUCCCACGCGCACACCUUCCCCUCCCCCCGCCCCUCCCUUCCUCCGUCCGCACGUGUCUCCUUUCUCAGCUCCGUUUGCAUACUCGCGCAGGGCGCUCAGCCAGGGAAGUGAAGAGGUGGGGCGGGGGGAGUGAGGAGGUGGAGUGAGGCCGGGACGCGCGAGAUCGGCCCGGACAGCAGCCCGCGGGCUUGAGGGGCGGGAAAGCCCGCCACCGAGGAAAUCGCUGAGGAGCUCUGAGGAGACGGCGCGCCCGGCGCUCUCCGCCGCCCGCCUCCCUCUGCUUCAGAGGCCGUCCGGGUUUGCGCUACAGCGGCGGCUGCCGCUGGGGCUCUCCCCUGGGCAGGCAGAGGCGCUCCGCCGGCCCCGUCCCGGGCCGGAUCCCGAGCUGCCGCGGCUCCCUCGCGCUCCCUCGAGCCCGAGCCGGGGCAUGGUGCUGCUGCUCCCGCCACCGCCGCCGCUGGCGGCGCUGCUGCCGCCUCCCCCGCCCUGGCCGGGAGGGCUGCUGCUGCUGCUGCCGCCCGGCGGGCCUCGGAGCUGCUGCUGCUGCUGUUCCUGCAGCUGUUGCCGCGCGGGCCUAGCCGCCGGGGCUAGCUGCUCGUGGGCUGUCCCGCCGGACCCUCGGCCCCGGCCAGCUCCUCUGCCUCUGCAGCAGCGCGGGCGGCGGCGCCGGGGACGGAGGCGGCGGCGGAGAGGAGGGGCCGGAGCCGCAGCUGCAGCUGCGGGAGGAGGAGGCGGAGCGAACCGCGCGGCCUGGGCCGCCUGGCGGCUGCCUCCGCCUCCGCCUCCGCCCCUGGCCGUUCCCCUCUAUUUUUGCCCGGUCCCCGCAGUCCGUAGUGCCCCGGUUCUCCUGACCCCGGGGCUCGUGCUGUCUCGGGCCCCAGGGCCCGGUGCGUGGCCGGGGAAGCCCGGCGGGCUAUUGCAGGGCUUGGUUGUCCCAGCCUCUGCCUUCUCCUCCUUCUCCACCACCUGGGAGGAGUCCUUCAUGCCGGUCCAGGAGAUGGAUCCCCCGGGAAACGUAAAAUGCCAAAGAUCAGCAGGAGGAAGAGGUAUCAAAAUGGAGAGUAUUGGAGAGACAGUACCUGUUGUACCUGAAAUAAAUUCGAAGAGGAGACAGGAAAAUAUGGGGCCAGGGAAGGAAGACCCAAUGAAGAAGAAGAAUAAAAAGAAAAAAGAUUAUCGACCUAAUUAUUUCCUCUCUAUUCCCAUCACCAACAAAGAGAUUUCAAGAGGAAUUCAGACUCUGCAAAACACAAUAAUACGACAAGAUAAAAGGCUGUCCAAAGUAAUGACCAAUUGUGGUUCCUUCCAUGUUACUCUCCUAGUGAUGCACUUACUAAAUGAAGAGGAAGUUAACCUAGGUAUAGGUGCUCUUUUGGAGACAAAAGCACUAAUAGAAGAAAUACUACAAGGAAGAGAUUUAAAUUUACCCUUUCAAGGAAUUGGUAAUUUUGGAAAUCAGGUUGGAUUUGUGAAGUUGGCAGAAGGCGAUCAUGUAGCUACACUUCUCGAGAUAGCAGAGGCAGCUAAGAGAACAUUUCAAGAAAAGGGCAUCUUGGCAGGAGAAAACAGACGUUUCAAACCUCAUUUGACCUUCAUGAAACUGUCAAAAUCACCAGAGCUCAGAAGAAAGGGAGUGAAAAAAAUAGACCCUGAACUCUAUGAAAAAUUUGUAGACCACAAAUUUGGAGAAGAAUCAUUGUACCGAAUAGACCUUUGUUCCAUGCUGAAGGAAAAGCAAAGCAAUGGCUACUACCACUGUGAGUCUUCCAUUGUGAUUGGUGAGUUGAGAAGCCCGAACUCAGCCGUACUACAGGGAUACAGGAGCAAUAUAGCCCCAUGGCAAUGUGGCAAGAAACCUGUCAUAAUCAUGGACUUAAUUAAGGAAGCUUUGCUUGGAGAAAGGAUGGGUGUGUUGUCCAAAGUCAAACAGAUAAAGGAACUUUUAUCAAAACCUGACAUUGAGGCUCAAAUCAAGAGAGAGUUAUUUGAUGUAAGACUGAGCAGCAACGAUACUCUAGAAAAAAACUAUUGAUGCCAGUUUUUUAUUUAAAUCUUUUCUAAAAUGCUUCUAAUAGUCCUCUCUUUCCUGAAAUCUUUUCAGACUCUAAUAUACCUUUUUGGUAAACCCAUCUCACUUACUUUCCUCAUAUUAUUCUGCUGUUGGAAUAAAUAAGAUUGUAAUUUGUGAUCAUGGCUGUAACAUAGAACUUGGACUGGGUGAGCCUAGGAACACCAAUACACAUGUGCCAGCAUAUCUGACCCACACACUGUGCACUCCUGUGGUAGUGCUGCUUUGUGUAAGCAUCUGAAUAGGAAUGAUCCUAUUUACUGAUUGGCUUUUCCUUCUCACUUGGGGAAAUAAUUAUUCCUAUGAUGGAAUUAUAAAACCUUACUUUCUCAAAACACAAGUCACUCAUUUCAUGCAGAUCUGUCCAAGCACUGUGUUCAUUCUUUAAUGAUGUUAAAAAAAAAAAACCCAACAUAUUUCUUUUGGUUUUGUUUUCAAAGCAGUUUCUGUAGCCGGGUUGUAUGCUAAUGAAAGCAGGAAUAUUGAUUUUAGAAAAGCAAAAGAUUGAUACUAUCUAAAGAAAAGUGACAAGUUGGCUCAUGGCAUAUCUAAGUGGCAACAAGCAAAUAUUUGGGUAAGAAAUUAACCAGUGCCCAUGGGCAUUGGUGCUAGUUUAUUAUCUAGGGAUGCUGUUUCUGAACCAUCAAACUUUUCAACUAAACCAGUUUAUUUCUAACAUUCAUAUUGGGAUUCAUUUCCCUGAGUCAAGUUUCUUAAUUUUCAGUCACUGGGCUCUUUCUUGUCAAUUCAGAUUGCCAUCCCAUCAAAUCACUUGAGAUCCAUUCUAGCUCUAGACAGAUAAAUAAUAUAUAUAAAGAAAAAUGCAGUAUUAUGGAGAAAGCUUGCCAUAUUAACAUAGCCUUAGUUUUUCAACAUGUAAACCAAAUGAAGUGUUUUUAGUGAUCUGACUCUCCUGUGCAUCGUGUUCUUUUUUUAAUUUGCCAGUGUUUGUGUUUACUGUGUGUAUUGAUACUUGAAUACACAUUUUUAAAUGUAAUUAUUGUAGCCAGUCCUUGAGAGAUAUUGCAAACUUAAUAGUAUUCUUGUCCCUCAGUAAAUAAUGAGUUCUGUCUUUUUUAAUUUCUUAAUAAAGAUGGAUUUUUAUUUUCUGCUUUUUGAAGUCAGUUCCUGGUCGUGUCUUGUAGGACGUGAAGCUCUUUGCACUAGUUCCUUGUUUUAAAAAAGCAUCCAUGUAUAUUUGCCCAAGAUGUUUCUAGUUGGUUUCCCAGUCUUUUACUCUGUAGUCGCUGUAAAACGUGUGCUUACCGCUGAUUGAAAAUUGUGACAGGGGAAAAAUAGUUCAGAGGUUAUUCAUGGAAUCAUUGCCUUCUGGGUCAUAUCUCAUGGGUUCUAGCUAUUUUUUCAGUGGAUGAAUUACAGCGCAUUUGUUUAUAUAAAUGAAUUUAAGGCAUUUUCAUUCUUCCUAAUAAAGAUACCCUUUGUC